UACAACAACGCAAAUUAAACUGGCUAUGAUAAAAAACAAAAUCACUUAACAUAAACACCGUAUAAACUUUUACGACCAAAACAAUGAUUACAGCAGUUCCAUUAGGCAUUGCCAUUCCUAUGGGCCUGCUCCGUCGAUUAAGAAAUAUACCAUUAAUGUACCCACUAAUGACCUAGUUUCCGACACUAUCUCAAACUACUUCAGCUGCCUAAAUUGCGCCACAAUUUUCAUUUCUCACUGAUCACCCACGCUAAAUACGUGUCAAAUUGCUAAUUCCAUUAUCAACUUUCGUUGCAUCAUCGUCGCCACUGUAAUUAUAUUGUUUGUCCGACUGACUACCGCGUGUUAUAACAAUAAAAGCUAACUGCUUUACUAAUUAACCAUUAAAAUAAUUAAUAUUUGCUCUCAACCUACUAUUCAGAACUAUGAACAGAUUGAAAAUAAGCACGCUAUAUGGAAUCAUCGUUUAAUCUGUUGAAGUCGUCAAGUAGGUAACAGCGGCGUAGGCGAUGGCGGUACACAUUGCAACGUGCCGAUUCAUAUCCAAGGUCUUUCCUAGUGGAAGAGAACGGAGUUUCCUGCGACCGCCUAUCUCUCGGCACACACCGACAUUCGCACGUGCACGCACACGCGCCCACGUGUCGUUCUUUGUGUUCAAUUCAAUCUUUGCUAGCUACCGUGCCGAGGCAUCUUCUUUUUGUGCCGUCCACGGGCAUUUGAAGUUUGAGCCUCUGAGCGCUUCAUUAUAUAGGCGACAGGCGAUCCGCGCGCCUCGCAGUUACUGUGUCACUAGAGCUGCCGGCGCGAGAGGUGGCCUGGCCUGCAAGGACUGUGCCGCGCCGCCAACCUUUUUUUCUGUGCGUGCGAUGUUUUCACUUUCGUCAUUUUGACCGGGCCAGUUUGAUUUGACGUCGCUCGCGCACGGACGUGCCUAGGAUCGGCGGGACGUUGUGGUUAUCCUGUGAUCGCUGGUGCCGGAUUGUUUGUUUAUUUGAGAUAUUUUGUGCGAAACAUGGCUGUGAUAUAGUGCUAAUAUGUUCGACACGAACGUCUUUUUGAAUUUCUACAAUGAGAUUGCUAACAGAAGUGCACUACAGUUGGCAAGAACGGUUGCACAAUCGAGUUACCUUCAGUUACCAAAUCGUGCUGGAAUGAUGGGCGAAGGGCUGCUGACACUGACGUACGGCAAGCACCACGCCUGCAUCCUAAACGAAGUGGGCGCGGCGUGGCGGGGGGCGCGGUACUCCGACCUAGUGUUGGUGUGCGAUGACGCAGUGCCACUGGCCGCGCAUCGCAUCGUCAUGGCCGCAGCUAGCCCUCUCAUCAGAAAAAUACUCGAUGACACGCCGUCUGUUGAGAAUCCCGUCACCAUCCACAUGUCAGGAAUCAGUAGCACCCUCAUGCGGCAUCUUCUGGUCUUCUUAUACAGCGGCCAAGCGUACAUAGAGUCUGGUGAAAUAGAUGAUAUGCAAGAACUCUUCGAACUACUAGAGAUCAAAUCGGACGUAUGGAAAUCAACAAAAGAACGGCAACAAGCAGAAGAAAGAAACAGAUCUUGUGAGCGAUUAAAAGCAAAGGCCCUCAAAACAGACAUCAACAGCAAUGAAAGCAGUAAACACGACGCGCCCUCUGGGUCCUCCCACUCAGAGAGUGAACGAGUCACUCCAAGUGCAGGUUACAGUAAAGAUAAAGGUGACUCUGAAUCAAUGAGUAUAAAGAAAGAAAAUAUGUCUACCAGCAGUAACGAUGAAAGAGAAGAUGAAGAUCACGAUGGAGAAAAUAAAGAAUGCGGACGGCUUACAUCGAGACGAAGAAGCUCAUUAAAUCCUGUAAAUUUGUCGGUUGCUAGAAAUUCUGAAAACACAGGCAGUGAGCACGACGAUUCGCAAGAUGUGGAUGUAGAAACAGUUGCGGCAAAGAAUAUAUCUCGAAGAAGAUCAACAUCAUCCAGUCAAGACGACCCACCACCUGAAACAGGUUACAGAAGACAACUACUGAGUGACAGAUUGGGACGAGGAAUCGAAAGAGCAAAGAGGAAGUCACAUUAUCUGGAACCGCCUGAGUUAGAUUUACGAACGGUGAAAUUAGAAGAUUACGCACAUCUGAAACCACCUGAAGCGGACCUGAUGUCACUCGUACACACAUCGCCCGAGAACAUCGUGGUCACACCUCACCGGAAAAGACGACCUGGAUUUCACAACUCACCUUCACAGAAUCCCCCAUUUGUAUCAUACCCCCCGAGCUAUCUAGAAGAAAUAGCACAUCUUCGGUAUCAACAAGGCGCGGCUGGCGCUGCGGCAGUCGCGGCAAGUGCGAGACUUGGAGUCUUACAUCCACUGAGCGCAUCAGCUCCACCUUACUUACCCGAAAGAAGUGCUACACCUCCCACAGCUACACACGAAGAUGCAUUAAAAUAUCGUCCGCCUAGUGCCGGAUCUUGGGGCCCGUGGUUGUGCCAACCUACAAUGGGUGGAGACGACCCCCCUUCAACAGAACACGAUCAAAGUUCUAGUAAACAAACCCCGGUAAGAGAAUAUCGAUGUGAAUACUGUGGAAAACAAUUCGGUAUGUCGUGGAAUCUCAAGACGCAUCUCCGAGUGCACACGGGCGAGAAACCUUUCGCCUGUCGACUCUGUGUCGCAAUGUUCAAACAAAAGGCACAUUUGCUGAAACAUCUCUGUUCUGUUCAUCGAAAUGUGAUAUCUUCGAGCGAGAACGAUGGACGGACUAACACGCCGGGCCGCUUCAACUGCUGCUUCUGUCAACUGACAUUCGAGGCGCUACCAGAACUCAUCAGGCACUUGUCGGGACCUCACAACAGUUUGCUGCUCAGCAAAAAUCUACAUGAAUGACGCCUGCCCUCUUGACGCGGGCGCACGCGUAUCUUUGGACUUUGAAGUUUUUUUCUCUCAAUGUGAGAGUUCAAUUGUGAUAUGUGUUUAAGCGAAAUAUUAUGUUAAGUGCUUAGCUGUAAGACAUGUGAUAUCGCAGAGCGAUACUCAUAGUGAGGCAUUCGCAGGAUCACUGCGGGUGCAGUGUUUACAACUAAUAUGAAAAUCACAUGUUUGCCGAAUGGGUCCAAAUUAUUAUAAUUUGUUUAAAAAUUAUAAUCCGGGACCAAUACCUUCCAAGAUAGUAUUUAUUUGAAAGAUGUAUUUCAUUAGGGUAAAUAAUAUUUAAAAGCCACCGACACAUUAAUUCCUUAAGUGUAGAAAAUAGACAAGUUUGUCAAUGAAAAGUUGCGAAAGUCGUGAAGCCUAAAACGAGGAUGUCACUUAAACUACCUCCUAAUUUAAAUCAGUAACUUGAUGAAUUCAGUGACGUUGCAGAUGGAGCAGCAUUGACUGCGCACUUUCCCUGAGAGUGAGAGGUCAAUAUUUCUAGUCAGGACUGGAACCAAGACGUGUCAAUAUAUACGUAAUUAACAUGAGUUUAAUUAGUUAUUCUUAUUUACUUAAACAUUUAUAUACCGAACAGUGAGGAUGGUUAAAAAACCUAUACGUAUGAUAUUUUAUGUAUGGUACCUACAAUGCCGUGUAAUAUACACUUUUUUCCUGUACUGUUUAUUAAAAUCCUAGUUCAUGUUUGUAUCGAAAACAGUCAAACGAGUCACAAAAAUGGGUAACCAUUUAGAGAUUCUAUUUUACAAAAAAGGAACCUGUUUUUUAAAUUAUUAUAAUAAUAGUAUUCAAGUUAUGACACCAUAUAAGACCACUGUCAAUUUAUUCUUUUUAUAUUUUUAGACCGUGGUAUGGCGCACCAGCCUUUCUGGUCGGAUUUUUCUUAGAAAUAAACAUACAUUUUAAUUGUACUAAUUUAAUUGUACUACAUUAUGUAGUGUCAAAUGCGUAUAACAAGAUAUGUCGGUCUGACUCAUAGCUUAGCCAUCCUUUCUGUUUGCACACAAUUCGCUUUUUAAUCAUAAAUUCUGGAUCGUGUUCCAUUAUGAGUAUUCUGACUUGGCGUUUCGCAGCUUUUUAACGACAAUUUCAAUCUCAAUAUUAGGUUUUAUCAUUUAUGUAACUUCUAAAGUAGAGAAAAAAAAUGUGUUCGUUAUUAUUAUUUUUAUAUUAUAUGCCUUUGUAUCAUUUCAUUUGUGCCGAUUUGCAAUGUCGAUGAGCACCAAAGAUUUGUAAAGCAUUGAAAAUAUUUUGGUGUAUACAAUUAAGAAAUUAAAGGGACCUGAAAUGAUUAUGAUUUGUUAAACUUAACGUAUGUAGGAACCAAUUUUAUAAUCUCAAAUUUGUAGUCGCACUACAUACUAACUUUGAUAUUUCUAUAACCAUUUCCAUAAUUCCACUGUGUACUUUUAUAAAUGUUUGAAUGUCUUUCUAUUUUUGGAAUAAUUUACUACUUUAGUAUUAAUGAAAAGCUUACCAGGCAUUAUUUUCGAAUGAUUGUUAACAUAACAAUAAUUUAGUUUGUUACCUUCGAAACUUAUUUUCGAAAUACUUUUUUAUUGAACACGUUAUUGUGGCCAGUUAUAUUAAUGCUACUUUAGUGAAGGCUGGAUGUUCAUGUAUUUCUAAGUUUACAACUAGAUGUGAAUACCUAAUUUUAAUUCCAUGAUAUUUCUGUGCCUUACAAUAAACAUUGUAUUUUUCAAUGCAACUAUCGUAAGUUUUUGAAACAUUUUAAUGAUGUUCUCUUUACUUUCCGUAAUACUCAUUUUUGAUACAAAAUCGCCACUUCUCCUUCGGAUGUAACCAUACGUAUUAUGUUUAUUUAUAUUAAAGAUACCUAUCGAUCAAUGCAAUCUUACUAAAGUUUAUAUUUCGAUAAAAACUAAAGUUACCAACGGUUGUUCAAAACGUAGUUUUAAACGAUAAAAUUGUCGAAUUGCUUUAAAGUUUUCCUUGACGUUACCUUUUGUUAUACCUGAUUUUCUUUUGUUAUUUGAGGUCAAAUAUUGACUUAGUUCUUGCAAUUGGGGAACAAUUUAAUCUUAAGGAUUGUGAUUUCGCGGUAUCGUUAGUUAUAUGUUAUGUGAUAAAGUUUGUAAGUAGGUACAUGAGGGCGCUGUCUUCCAAGGCUUCCAUUUUCUCUCCGUGUAAAUAAUUAGAUUUAAGUAUUUUGCAUGACAAAUCGUCAACACGAACACUUACGUUUAAAUUCGAACAAACUAAAACUAUUUUUUUUUUAUUAUUCGUCAAUGCGAUUCAAUUUGAUUUGAAAUCAGUGCAAGUUAUGUUUAUAUUUCAUUCACAGCUUGUUACAACUAAGUUUAUGAAAAUAAAAUAUUACAAACAAGCAAAUUAAAAAAAAUUGGUGCCAAAAUUAUAUGUACAAAAAUGCAAACAUUUAAAAAAAAUAAUCAAUAAAAUCUUCAAUAGUAUGGUGCAGUUUUCGUUCUUCUCGAGUGUACUAUCGCUAACAUGUAGUAGAUAUUACAGUGAGACAAAUAAAGAUUGAUAUUUGUUGAAAAUAAAAAUAUUUCAAUAAAUUAGCGUGAUCGAAGACUAGCUGUGAAAACAAAGUUGACAUUUUACACAUUUUUCGAAAUACUGUUAGCUGUUUUGUCUUUAAAAAAACAUGACGUUGUUGUUAAGAAAUAAUGUAUAUAAAAAUAAGUAACUAGCACGUAAGUUUAAUGAAGAAAUCUUAACUUAAUCUUGUUGAACUUGAAUAUUUUUCCCUGUUAAUGUAAAUUAAAAGUAUUUUUAAGUUUUCACAUAGUGUACAAUUUUUGUAGAUAGAUCAUUAACAUUCUGUAAAAAUUGUGUUCUUACCUAGUAAAUUAAAUAAUGAGAAUAUUUUAGUUACACACAA